AUGCAUACUCACCAAUUUGAACACACAGUGACAGGUGAAAGCAGCAGCCAGCCCAUUCGAGAGCCACCCUCUGGCCCUACCAAUCCUAUCAGCUCCCGUGCGUCUCCUUUACAGUCGGUUGUUGAAUCAGAUGCUUCCGACUUUCACGUGGUGGUGCCUCAACAUAGGGGACAAAUGGCUGCACAUGCGGCUUCAGUCUCGUCAGCACGUACUAGAGACAGGUCGCGGGCUUCCUCAUUUUGUUCCUGCUUUUCACCAACUACAAGUAAUUCGGACACGGAUGAUGAGGACAGGCCAGCACAAUUGAGCAGGAAUUGGAACACUUCCGUUACCGAAGUUGUAAGACAGCAGCUUGCGCUUGUCGGAGAAGCAACAAAUCAAUUAGCUGGGCCUUCAAUUUCAAGGCGUACGAUGUUGAAUGAUGAGGUCACUGUGCAUCGUAUUGUGGAAUAUUCGCAUCAUCUAGUGCCAGACAUCGACCGCAUAUUAGGCUCCAGUUAUUACUGGGGGGUAAUGGAUCGGUUCCAAGCGGAACAGUUAUUAGACGGAAAACCUGAAGGAACGUUCCUCCUUCGUGAUAGUGCACAAACUGAAUACCUUUUCUCGGUGUCUUUUCGCCGAUAUCAGCGUACACUGCAUGCGAGGAUUGAACAGGGAAAUCACAGAUUCAGUUUCGACAUACAUGAUCAGAGUGUGUAUUCUGCACCCACUGUAACGAAACUGAUUGAGAAGUACAAGGAUCCUGCCAGGUGUUUGUUUUUCGAGCCUCAGCUCACUCAUCCGUUAUAUCGAAGUCAUGUAUUUUCCCUUCAAGAACUCUGUCGUGGUGUCAUUAUGACUCGAACUACUUAUAUAGGCGUGGCGAGUUUGCGACUUCCGCCAAAAUUGAAACAGUUUGUUAGACAAUAUCAUUACACCGUCCCUCUUAGCGAAAAUAUGGUGAAGAAGACGGGGAAGAAAUUCAGGCCGCGUCUGAAUCAUGUUGCGAGGAAGAGACGACAGGCCCAAAAAAAUAAGAAGAAAUCCAAGAGCAGUCUGAAAGUUAUCAGAGAGAACUGGGAAACUUCAAAAACACCCCGACAAAAUGCGUUGUCUAUGGGCUUGGCUUUCAGUCCGAACGAUACUGUUCCACUAAAACAACCUCAUCGUGAUAUCAUUGAUAUGACAGUGGGAGAAGGGAUGGAUCUCACUGAGGCAGAAACCCUCCAAACUGUAGCAGCACAACAGCUUAAAAAGAAGAAAGAAAAGCGUGCCGCACUCAAACAGGAAAAAGCAAUCAAAAUAGUUUCUUCCUUGGAACACGAAGCAAGUCAACUGCAAGCCGAACGAGAUUCGCAUCCGCGUACCGUCCGUUUACCAGACAGGGACGUUGAAUUAUUGAUAUUCCUUUCACAGCGCUACAAAGACGACUAUGAAGCUAUGGCUCGGGACCCAAAGAACCUGUUUCAGUAUACCCCAAAGAAGAUAUGCAAUUUAAUGAAAAUCUAUAAGUCAUCUGGUUUUCAUGAUGUAAUAGAAAAUCAUAUUAAGACGUGA